GGUUGGAGGAUGUUAUCAGGUGUUGUAUCAUAUAUGAUGUGUUUCAUGUGUAGGCUUACUAAGUACAGUAUGUGUGUAUGUCAGGUGGUGGCUAUGAACUGUGUUUUAAGGACAACAGAUGGCAAUUGUGGUGAUGAAUUUUAGAUUUGGUACAAUUGAUUUUAUAUGAAUAAUGUAAAGUGCACCAAAAAGUAUUGGCCAACCGUAGUUAUCAGUGUUGUUAAAGUCUUUUUCGUCCUGCCCACUGGGGAGAAUAAUGAGCAUUUCUCUACGUUUCUGGGAACGGCUUCUUACACGCCUCCGUGAAACAACCAUUGCUGCUUCGACAACUCUCACACAGAUGUUCUGAUCACAAGACGGGGCGGAUUCACCAGCUGUUGACGAUGCGUUUCUACUUGAAGAAGUGCCUUGGAGUGCUUGUGAUCAGUGGCUCCCUGCUGGUAGUGCUUUUUAACACGUGGAGCCCUGCAGCUCUCUCAGGAGUUGACCUACGGCUUGGACACAACGUUGGAAUGGAGAACAUCAUCAAGGAGAAACUACAAGACCUCUUGAACAACUAUAAUGACAUUUCUUAUCAUAUAAAGGAGGAGGUGGCAUGUCUUGUGCGAAGAAAUACAUGUGAAUGUGUGGCUGAUAAGGAGACUGUUCAGCUGCCUCUCUCCAAUCUGCUCUUCCCACGUGUGAAGGCCCACAACCUGGACCAGAUCUUCUUACAAUCACACCCAGACCCUGAGGGUGUGAAGCGUCACAGAGCUGAAGAGUACAGCAAUUUUCAGAUUAGGUCCUCCAGCCCUGCAGAUGUGCUUAUUGUGAAUGAGGGCAACAGUCCCCUUCAGUAUCCAUCCCAGGGUGUGGCAGUGCGACCCCUCAAAACAACCAUCAUUCCAGGAUUGCGGCUUGUUGAUAAAGCAAGAUCCAACCAUACGGUGUAUUUGAAAGCAACUCUGGGGACUUUUGAUGUCGUUGCCACAGUGGACAUGGUCUCAGUUAAAGGAGAAGGAGAGAAACAUAUGAUACUCUCGAGCCCUUUUCUCUCAGCUCUCAACAGGCAGCUGCAAUUUGUCACCUACACAAACACUGUGUUCCAUCCCAGGACAGCAGACACAGUUCAGUUUGCAAAUGAAGGUCAUCAGUCAUUUUUCACCAUAAAAAUUGGACAUGCCGCCAUCCCAAGGCUUUACAACUCUGGGUAUCCAAAAGAGACCAAUAUUAGUGCUCUUGUUACCAUUGUGACAAAGACUUUUCUACGCUAUGAUAAACUCCAAGAUCUCAUCAUCAGCAUAAGGCAAUAUUAUCCAGCGAUCACCAUAGUGAUAGCUGAUGAUAAUGAGCACCCACAGCAGGUGAUUGGACCUCACAUUGAACAUUACAUUAUGCCAUUUGGAAAGGGUUGGUUUGCUGGGAGAAAUCUGGCAGUGUCUCAGGUGACCACCAAAUAUGUCCUUUGGGUGGAUGAUGAUUUUAUCUUCACUGCAGAUACCAAGCUGGAAAAGAUGGUGGACAUCCUGGAGCAGACCAGUCUGGAUGUGGUUGGGGGUGCAGUUCGAGAGGUUACAGGUUGGACUGCAACCUUUCGUCACACCAUUUCGGUGGAAGAGGGGGGAGAAGACGGGGACUGUAUACAUGUCAGGCGUGGCUACCACCACGAUAUUGAGGGAUUUGCCAAUUGUGUGGUCACUGAUGCUGUCAUCAACUUCUUCUUGGGGAGAACAGACAAAGUGCAGCAGGUCGGCUUUAACCCCCGCCUGGCUCGCCGUGGCCACAUGGAGUUCUUUAUUGACGCCCUUGGGUCCCUUCACAUUGGCUCCUGCAGUGAUGUCAUUAUAAACCACGCAUCAAAGAUCAAGCUGCCAUGGAGUGAUGGAACAGACUCACAAAAGGCCUAUGAAAAGUUCCGAUACUCCCAGAGCAGUGUUGAAAAUCAUAUUCAUCAUGAAAUCAUGUACUUCAAGGACAGGUUCAAAUGCAUGACCACUCAGUGAAGUCUGGGCUCCUCUUUGAUGUCUUCAGUUGAAGAUUGCAGGGUGACUAUCUUCUAUUUUUUCAUUGUCUAAAACACAUUUUCUCGUGAAAGGCAGUAUUUAUAUGUAAACAUGCACUAUUUACUCUCAACCGUUUAGCUCUUUCUGUACCAUGGUACUGGCUCGUUGGAGUUACAGGCCUUCUGGAGCCACUAACUAUUACUAUGGUGCCCCCUUGUGGUUGAUAUUGGUGUGAAGUAUUUCAUUGCAGUGGAACCUCCAGCGCCGUCCACCGCAAUCUCCAUGACUAAGGACUUCCAGAAAUAUAUUUCAAAACAAUUACAUUCAUGUCUAUGAGAAUAUAAGUCAUUCAUUCCCAAAACAAGCGUCGCCCUCGGAGGACCUUUAUUCAUUGUAGAGGGAAAGUAAUAUUUUAUCAUUUUCAACUGUCAUACAUGAUCUGAAAUUAAGGUCAAAAGUGUUUUUUUUAACCAACUAUAUCUUAAUAUCUUUUUUGUUACCAUCUUUGUACAUUAGACCAAUAUGCUAAUCUUGACUAAUAUUUCCAAUGACAUUAGAGCUAUAUUAUUUAACAUAACCAAAAUGAUUAUUUACGCUUUAUUUUACUUUAAAAAAAAGCAAUUUUAUUUUGUCAAAUGCGCAAUUGACCUUUAUUUAAGUUAUUUCAUCUGUCUUAGAUUUAGUUUUUGUAGUGUGUAAGUAUACAAUUAAGUAACCUGAAUAAUAAGACAAAAUGAACCACAAUAAAAUAAAAUUACUUAACAUUUGAUGAUGACGGCAAAGCGAUUAUGGAAGUGAGAAGUGUUGAUUGCUGAAGGCUAACUUCAUGCAUCUCACUUUUUGGCAGUAACUCUACUAAAAGUAUCUAAGUAUAAGUUCACCUCUGUACAAUUAACUCACCAUUAAUUAGUGCACAGCAAGGAGAGGGAGGUUGAUUGUGUGUGUGGGAGGUAAGUCUCUUCAAAGUAAUGCAGUAGUAAACCUUCCACUCUUUUAUGAGUGAUGUUGACUUAUUGUCAUAUAGCCAUACAAUAUUGGACUGAGCAGCCAGGAUGAGGUUUUCCCACAUUGCGUUAAGUUCCAUUGUGAUGCGUUCAAGGUUCUGUGGUCAUCAUUACACUUUUUCUUUUUGCCAUCAUUGGUACCCUUUUGUGGUUUCAUAAAAAAAAAAACACAAAGAAAAAGCAAAAGACACUUGUGCAUGCAUGCAGAGAUUCAUUUUUGCUACCGAAAAUUGAGAAGCCUUUGGUGGUUCCACUGUUAGCUUAGCGUGACAUACCCGUUGUUCCUCUGCAUCACUAUUGAGUUUUCUCAUCUUAACGCCUCCAUAAACUUAACACUACAACAUACGUCCACAGAUAAAGGGAAGCAAUUGCUAACGUGACGAAAUAAUUAUAAGGGAUUUUUGUGGAAAUUUAAAAAAAAAAAAGAUUUAUGAGCCUCAAGUGCCAUUAAGCACAGGGGCGUGAACUACUUCCUACCUCUUUAGUUAGCGUUCCUACAGCAAUUUAAUAGAGUGGGCCUUACUGGGAGGCAGCUCAAAUUUGUAGAAAGAUGCAUGUUUUAUUCUACACCUGCUCUUGACAAUGAGCAACAAUGAAAAUAUACUGCUGGACAAUCAGCUAGGUGGCCUAAAAUGCCCCUUUUAUGACUGUAAACUUUAGCACCAGCUCUUGAAUAUCAACAUGUCCAAACUCUCACAGUUGCAAUUGUGGCAUUUUCUGACAACUGCUCAUUGGCAGAGUCAGUAUUGACCUCCCAUCUUGACUAUAUACAGAAUGUACUCAUCCAGGUUUUUGUGAUCUCAUCUCUCCUCGUUUCAUUGUAUUUUAAUCAUGCCCAAAGCACAAAAGCCCAAAAAUGCACUCAUGAGCUUGCAGCUUCUACUCUCUGAUCAUCUUAAUUAAUGAGCCAUAUUUGACAGAAGGGAUGUGUAAUGCAAGUUGUUGUACUGCACUGCUAUAAUCCUCCUAAUAUUAUCACCACACAGUCUGCUAAAAUCACCAGCAUAUGUAUUGUUUGCCUGAAAGGGAUACUUCUGAUGUUUGGUUUUUUUCCAGAGUUGUAGCAUCGAACUUACAAAAGUUUUCUGCCAAAGAAAAGUACCGACACUCCUGUUUUAUUUAAGUGUUAUGAGGAGUCACAUAUAUGUGUGUGUGUGUCUGUGUCAUUUCCUGACAUUGUUUUAUAGCUCUUUGUUUGGUUGUAUCAACCAGUUAUCAAAUACAAAAUUGAUCCAACUGUCAUGUAUUGAUUGUGCAUGAUUGAGGCCCAUGAGUUUCACUUGUCUAUAAUGUUUUUAAGGUCUGUGUCUGAUUAUGUCAAUGUAAUUUGAUUCCAGCUACUGACUACUGUACUGUAAUGGUGAGUCUGGUAAGUCAUGUGACAAUGAUGAAAAUGAUGCCCUUUCAAAAUGCCGCCACUAGAUGGAGACAUUUUACACAAGUCAGUUGCAAAAAUGUAACGUAUUGACUGAAAUGUGUGUGGAUAGGUAGAUGUGAUAUUUGUUUCUGGUUGUUUUGAAUCGGCCUUGUUUUUAUUGUUAUAAAAGGUAUUAUAACACUGGUGAUAAUGACUUUAUUUAUAUUAAGUUGCUUUUCAUGUUUUCUAAUGGAAGUAAACUAUUGGUGCUGAACAGAAAUGACACUUGCGUUUGCAUAGUAGAUGCUCGUCCUCCUGCAAAUAUGUUUUACAUGAUGGUGGCCAUGUUUUUCAACCAAUCUUGCACACAUUGUACAAAAAUGUGCUUGUUUGUGCCCUAAAAGGGUCUACGCUACCAAAUUAUGUGGCGCUUCGGCACACCCUACAGUUACAGUGGUUUAUUUGUAAAGUUGAAAUUAAAUAUAGGUCGGUGUGUAUGUACUGUAUGUGUCUGGCUGGUAUAGAGUUGGCCAGACUGAGCCUUGUGUACCGUCAUUUAAUAGGAGUGCUGUACUUCCUGCCAAUUAGCGUAACACUCCUCGAGCUUUAAU